CCACGCCCAUUCCAAGAUGGAGUUUGCAAGGAGCAGUUCGAAAAAGGAGAGAUGGUCAUUAGGACUUACAUUAGUAGUAAAAGGAUUUAUAACGGUAUCACUUUUUUGGUUGUACAGUGUUUUACAAGAAACUUCCCUGGCCUCUUCACUAUUUCUAAUUAAAGCCUGUUGUGCGACUAUUUACCUACUCCAUCAACGGCCUUUUAGUUCUGGAAACAAAUUAACAAAAAACCAAUGGUUUAGAGUUAUACAAGUUUCAGUCCUCGGUUUAAUUACAGCUGCUGUCUGGCUCACCAGUUUAAGUCUGUGCGGUGCCUUGAGGACUGUGUUGCUAUGGGAACACAGCGAUUUGGCUAUUCUUGCAGUUGUGAAUGUGCUGUUGGCAUUUGGUAAUCACUCCAAAAGCAGAGGGGCAGUGUUGUUUAUAUUGGGGAUAUUGAUGCUACUGUUGUUCGAUAACGAUCAAUUAAGACCAAGAUUAGAACACCCUGAAGGUCAACACAGUGGUGCAAUGGCACACUUUUUAUUUUGGCUACUCUCAUUUCUUGGUGUCCCCGACCAUAAAGGAGGAGCUGUUCUCCUAUUGAUUGCUCUAGUUCUCUCAAUUUUACUCAGAAACUCACAGCGACACCUUGCUGUUGACAUAGGAGGUGCAAAGCGUGUUCAAGCAUUCAUUCAUUUCAUCCAAGCCAUCGUCAUGUUGCCUUUGGGCGUGGUCAGUUUGUUAUCGAACCCCGCCCCUUCGUUAUCCUCGUUCUCCUGCCUCCUAUUAUUCUCUCUCUUCUCUGUCAUUUAUUUCUACACUGACUCUAUCGCCAAGCAACACGUCGACUCGUACCAAUUGGCAGCAUUCACUACCUUUCUCCCUAUUUUUGUAUCCCUGGGUGUCUCAAUAUAUUUAGAAUAUGAAAACCCUACGAUGCAUCACGGGCUCUCAGUGGGUGUUGUAUUAGCAAGCAUGUUCCUCCUGUUGGCUACUCUAUUCUUAACUCGUUCUUCGCCGUCUUCUCAGGGUCUCUUGAUUGGGUACUCGGCUGCUGGGCUCCCUCUCUACUCAUCUCAAGUCUCCCCGCCCACUUCUAUGAACUGGAUAAGACCUCUCUUGGGACAGGUCAUAGAGAACCCCGACUCCCGAAGGAUAUUCUAUUUCCUUUUACUGAAUCUAGGAUUCACAGGUGUUGAGAUGGUGUAUGGUAUAUGGACAAACAGUCUUGGUCUCAUUUCCGAUGGGUUCCACAUGCUAUUUGAUUGCACUGCCCUACUAGUUGGACUCUCAGCUGCUGGCAUGAGCCACUGGAAACCAACACGUCUCUAUUCAUUUGGUUACGGGCGAGUGGAGAUACUCUCCGGGUUCGUUAAUGGCUUGUUCCUUAUUGUCAUUGGUGGGUUCAUAUUCACUGAAGCUAUUGGUAGACUGGUGGACCCACCAGAGAUUAAUACUAACAGAUUACUAUUUGUGUCAGUUGCUGGCUUUAUUGUCAACAUGAUUGGAGUCAUGAGCUUCCAUUCACACAUUGGGCAUUCACACGGCCACUCCCAUGAUCAUGGCCACUCCCACGGUCACUCCCACGGUCACUCCCAUGGCCAUUCUCAUGAUCACAACCACACCCACUCUCACGGCCACUCCCACGAUCAUCACAGCAACUCUCAUUCCCAUGAUCACAGCCACUCACAUUCACACGACGGCCAUUGUCACCACAGCAACUCGAAUAUGCAUGGUGUAUUCCUUCACGUAUUAGCCGAUACCUUGGGUAGUGUUGGUGUCAUCAUCUCUUCGCUGUUAGUCCAGUACUUUGGUUGGCUUAUAGCUGACCCGAUCUGCUCUCUCUUCAUUGCUAUACUCAUAGUCCUGUCAGUCAUUCCUCUACUGAAAGCAUCAGGGACUAAUCUUAUACUAGCUACGCCUCCUCAUUCUGGUGUCCAGGAAGCACUUGAUAAGUUACCAAUGCUGGACGGUGUUCUUUCUCAUUCUGAUGCUCACUUCUGGCAGCAGUCUAGCACUCAAGUGGUAGGUACAGUCCAUGUGCAGGUCGCACCUUCGGCCAGUGAGCAAAAGACGGCUCACAUGAUCACACAGCUGUUUCGAAAUAAAGGCCUUGCUCUAGCUACUCUCCAAAUUGAGAAACCUCCUUUUGUGCAGAGUGGCCAGCGUGUCUCAUACAUGAUGCAGCAUCAAAGCAUGACUCAACCACAUGUGUACGUCGACACUGGACCUCAUGUCAUUAAAAACAUCUAAUAAUCACGAUUAUAGUAAUAAUAAUUAUUUUUAGCA